GUGUAAUCCUGAGGGUUUGUGUGAGAGCGGUGAUGGCCUAAACAGUACGACACACACACACACACACACUCUCUCCGUGUUCAGGACCGAGAGACAGAGGGAAGCAGCAGGCUGCAGCUGAAGUAUUGUCCACGCUGUAGAUCAGGAUUAAAGAUGGUUCUGCGGAACUUGUUCCGGGCCGUAAUCAUGGGUCCGCCGGGUUCGGGGAAAGGAACCGUGUCGUCUCGGAUUACUGAAAGUUUCGGGCUGCAGCAUCUCUCCAGCGGGGACAUGUUACGGGCCAACAUUAAAGCCAAGAGCGAACUGGGUCUCCUGAUGAAGUCGUGUAUAGAUCAGGGUCAGCUGGUUCCUGAUGAUGUCAUCUUUCGCCUCAUCCUGGCCAGCCUCCGAGAGAUGGAGCAUAGCAGCUGGCUGUUAGACGGUUUUCCCCGGACCGUGACACAGGCUGAGAGUUUGGACAGUGUCUUCACCGUGGACACGGUCAUCAAUCUGGACGUGCCGUUCCAGACCAUUAAGGAGCGUCUGACGUCUCGCUGGGUUCACCUGCCGAGCGGCCGAGUCUACAACACCGACUUCAACCCUCCCAGAAUCCCGGGUCUGGAUGAUGUCACAGGCGAGCCGUUGACGCAGAGAGACGAUGACACGCCCGAAACAGUGACCCGCAGACUGAAGGCGUAUGAAACCCAGACUCAGCCGGUUCUGGAGUAUUACAGGAGUAAAGGAGUUUUGGCGACGUUCACCGGAACUGAAACCAAUAAGAUCUGGCCUCACGUUCACGCUUUCCUCACGAAGAAGAUCCCUCAGUCUCAGCAGGUCCAAGGAGGAGUUUAGCCACGUUCCCGUGGACGAAUCCCAUUUUGUUGGGAAUUUUAUUCACUUUGGUUUUCACAGAAAAACAAACUCUGUGUUUUUGACCACACUUUUUAAUCGUAGACAUUUUUAAUAGAUGUUAAAUCUGUGGAUCCGAGCGUUUCAGCUGAACCUCAGUUUAGAUUUUUAACCUUUUUCUUUUUCCUCACUGGGGCUUUGGGGUGAGGUUUACGUUCUAGUUUCUAAAUCUCUUCUUUUAAUUUUGAGAUUUUGAUUUAGUGUCAUCCCCCACCCCACCUCCACCCCCACAUGCCCCUUAAAUUCUUUAAAGUACUUUAUUAGCAAAUAUAUCUGCUUAAUUCUCUUGAACCAUUAAAGUGAUUCUUUUGAAUCCAAAAAUAGAGAAAAAAAAAGGAAGACAGAAGACUGGAAAACAAAUGAAAUGAUGAAAUAAAAAGAGAAAAAGCUAAAAAAAAAAAAAAUAAUGAUAAUAGUAAAUCCUUUAAAUGAGAGAGAAAACAUGUAACACACAAGAGGAGAAAAACUUUAAUAAAUCCAAAAAUGUUUAAAUUAAAAUAUUAAUUAAAAAAAAAUAAAUGAAAGGAAAACAAAAAAUAUCUAUAAUUUUCUUUUAGCUUUAACAGUAGACUGAAUUUUUAAAUAAAUAAUUUAAAAAAGAAAGAAAAAAUAUAUCAGCAAUAUAAAGACAAUUAAAAAAAGAAAAGUCUGGAGUCACUGAACCUGAACCUGACCCUGACCCUGACCCUGAACCUUGCUGCAGUGAUGACGACGACGUCAGGAAAAGUUUCAAAAGAAAAAUUCUAACAUGAAAAUGGUUCAUUUUUUAAAACUUGCACAAAAACCUUCAGGAUGUUAAUUUUGUAUUUAAAGCUGAAUUAUUCUUCCAUCAGCUCUGAUGUGUUCGAGUCCGAAUCCCAUUUCAACCACUGAGUGAAAAAAAGUCUUAAUUCUAUUUUAGAAAUUAUGAUAAAUUUGAUAACUAAUUUUAUACAAUAAUGUUUGUAGAAAAAUCAUUGAUGUUUAUUACUGAUUUCACCUCACUCAGCUGAAUUACCAUAAAUAAAUCAUUUUAUCAUUU